GAAUCUGGAGAAACGGACUUCUCUCGGCUGAGAGAGUUCUAUCUAAACGGAAUGGCCAAAACGUACCGCCAUACGUUAGUGUUUUCGGCAUACAUGACUCCGGAGAUCAACUCCCUGAUGACGCGCUACUGCAAAGGAUUUGAGGGAAAGGUCAAGACGCUGCCCCACUACAAAGGCACUAUAGGCCAAGUGGUGCGCCAAACACAGCAGACAUUCCGUCGAAUCGACUGCGACGCCGCUACGGACGUAGCCGAUGCGCGAUUCGAGUACUUUAUCAACGAGGUAAGCGUUCUGUGUGUGUCUUUGUUUGGUUAUAAAAUAGUUGUCCUUAUGAAAUAG